AUGACUCAAUUCAGCCGAGAAGAGCUAGACGAGAUCUACAACUUCGCCGUAGACUUGGGUCGUAAGGCUGGGCAGUUUUUGAUGGAUGGUGUUGAGAAAAGAAUCGGAGGAACAAGCCAGGCAUUUACGGAGAAGGACAGCGCGGUUGAUAUUGUGACUCAAACCGACGAGGAUGCGGAGGCACUUAUCAAGAAUGCAAUCCAGGAGAAAUAUCCCACCCACAAGUUCCUGGGAGAAGAAACAUAUGCCAAAGGACAAUCGCGCGACUAUCUGAUUGACGAGAAGCCAACAUGGUGCAUCGAUCCGUUGGACGUGCCAGGAACCGUUAACUACACCCACAUCUUCCCCAUGUUCUGCGUCUCGAUCGCUUUUUUGGUCGACCACCGCCCUAUUAUCGGUGUCAUCUACGCCCCCUUCCAAGACCAGCUAUUCUCUUCUUGCAUCGGCCGCGGCGCAUGGCUCAACGAGAAGCGCCAACUACCCCUCAUCCGUAACCCUUCCAUCCCGCCAAUGCCCCCCAACGCCCCUAAUAAGUGCAUCCUCUCAUGCGAGUGGGGCAAAGACCGCCGCGAUAUCCUCGACGGCAACAUGCAUCGCAAGAUCGAGAGCUUCAUGAACCUGGCAGCAGAGAAUGGUAGCAGGAACGGGAAAGGCGGUAUGGUACAUGGUGUGAGGAGUUUGGGAAGUGCCACGUUGGACCUGGCGUAUACGGCUAUGGGGGCCAUGGAUAUUUGGUGGGAGGGAGGUUGUUGGGAAUGGGAUGUCGCUGCUGGAGUUGCGAUUCUUCUCGAGGCUGGUGGACUGGUCACCACGGCCAACCCCCCUGAGAAUCCCGACACAGCUCCUAUUGAGGAUGUCAAGCUGGGAAGUCGAUUGUAUUUGGCUAUUAGACCUGCGGGCCCCUCGGAGACUGAAACAGGACGACAGACGCAAGAGAGGACUGUGCGACAGGUAUGGCGACGGGUACGCGAGCUUGAGUACUCGCGACCUGGAAUUUAA